AUGUCGACCCCCGGCGGCCCACCUAGCGAUGCAGAGAUGCGCGACGCUGAGCAGCGCACCCCCCUUGCUCCAGCAGCUUUUUCGAAUCGCAACUCAACAGGCGCAUCGUCGCCACUUGCAUUCCCUUCGAGCAGCCCACUGAAAAGCCAAGCUUCGAGCGCAAGAGCACCACAGAGCUCACUAGGAGCUUCGUCGCCAUUACACUUCCCCACUUCAUCGCCAUCGGCAAGAACCUCGAGGGGCCAGAGGACGCCUCUUGCUUCAGCACGACGCAGCCGAAAUGCAGAAAAUCGUUUGCCUUCAAGCAGCAGCGCCUUCAGUCGACUCGAUGAGCCACUCUUCUUUCCUAGCUCUGGCGGCAGCACCCCACGCCAUCAACGUCGUGGUGAAAUUCACUCUUCGAUCGCCCUCUCCUCCCCUUCAUUGACGAGAAGGAAUCGAGCAGACCCCUCCAGUCAGCCACAAGGUGCGCCGACUCGUUCCUCGUCGGUUUUCGGUGGCAGUCAGACUGCCAUUGAUGGUCACAAAGCAUCCGAUGCUCACAGCGAUGCUUUGAGCUUUUCGCAGCAUGGCGUCACCAGUGAUGCCGCCGGCCCAGGUCAGGACGGUGUCUCCAAGGUCAUCUGGGGCACCAAUGUUUCCAUCGGCGAGACUAUGGAGAUGUUCCGUUCCUUCCUUCGUGGCUUUCGUCUCAAGUACAGGUGGGCCCAUGCCAAGAAACUCGGCGAACCACUUCCCUCGGCUGCCACCAGCAAUCCGGCGGAAGGCGAACGUCUCGUCUACGAAGGCUAUCUCCGUCGCAUGAGGAUCACCGACCAGACCAACCUGAACUUGCGCAUCUCGGACCUCGAAGCCUACCCGCCCUCCAAGAGGCUCAAGAUGCAACUCAUUCGCUAUCCACAGGAAAUGGUUCCUAUCAUGGACCAGGUGCUCAAGGAUGAGAUGCUCGAAAUGGCCUACGAAGACCAAAAAGAAGCGCGCGAUGGCAUGGGUGGCGACAUGGGUCUCGCCGAGAUCGAGCUCAUGGAGACCAAGCUCUACAAGGUUCGACCUUACGGCGUCGAGGCCAUCAACAUGCGCGAACUCAACCCGUCCGAUAUUGACAAGCUCGUAACCGUCCGUGGUCUCGUUAUCCGAGCCACGCCCAUUAUUCCCGAGAUGAAGCAGGCCUUUUUCCGAUGCCUUGUCUGCAACCACACUGUACCCGUCGAGAUCGACCGAGGUCGCAUCGCCGAGCCUGACCGAUGUCCGCGACAGGUAUGCAACCUGCAGGGGUCUAUGUCACUGAUCCACAACCGCUGUGAGUUCUCUGAUCGACAGGUUGUCCGUAUUCAAGAAACGCCCGAUGUGGUCCCCGACGGUCAAACGCCCCACACUGUCAGCAUGUGCGCCUACGAUGAGCUCGUCGACGUAAGCAAGCCCGGUGAUCGCGUCGAGAUCACUGGUAUCUUCCGCAGUACCCCAGUGCGCGUCAACCCGCGACAGCGUAGCCUAAAGAGUCUAUACAAGACGUUUGUCGACAUCCUGCACAUCAAGCGCACCAACGCCAAGAGGCUCGGAGUCGAUCUCUCGACGCGAGAUGCCUCGGAGCAGGCUGCUGGUCCUGGCGCCCAGGCCGUCGGCGUUGGUGGCGAGGAGGAGGAUGAGGAUGUUGAGGUGCAGAGCAGCCAUGCUAAUGAUGCCGAUGACGCCAACGUACCUCGCAGCCAAGAUCUUGAAGAUAAGCUGCGCUCGAUUGCCCAGCGACCAGAUGUCUAUGACGUUUUAUCGCGCAGCUUGGCGCCCAGCAUCUACGAGAUGGACGACGUCAAAAAGGGGAUUCUGUUGCAGCUCUUCGGAGGUACAAACAAGACGAUCAGCACGGGUGGCGGCGGUGGUGGUCCUCGAUACCGAGGCGACAUCAAUGUGCUCAUGGUUGGUGAUCCCGGUAUUGCCAAGAGUCAAAUCCUGCAGUAUGUGCACAAGAUCGCGCCUCGUGGUGUCUACGCCUCGGGCAAAGGCUCUUCGGCCGUCGGUCUCACCGCUUACGUCACACGUGACCCGGACACCAAGCAGCUUGUGCUCGAGUCGGGUGCGCUUGUGCUUUCCGACGGCGGUGUCUGCUGUAUUGACGAAUUUGACAAGAUGUCGGAAGCAACGCGAAGUGUGUUGCACGAAGUCAUGGAGCAGCAGACGCUCAGUAUCGCCAAGGCAGGUAUCAUCACCACGCUCAAUGCACGUGCCUCGAUUCUGGCAGCUGCCAACCCGACAGGCUCUCGUUACAAUGUCAACCUGCCCAUCACUAAGAACAUUGAUUUGCCACCUACGCUCAUCAGUCGAUUCGACUUGGUCUACCUCGUACUCGACAAGAUCGAUGAGGCAAAUGACCGCCGCCUCGCUCGCCACCUGGUCAGCCUUUACCUCGAAGACAAGCCAGACACGGGCGGCAAAGACGUGCUUCCCAUCGAGACGCUCACCGCCUACAUUUCGUAUGCACGCAACCGCCUUCAGCCCAUUCUGACCAAGGAGGCGGGUGAUGCGCUAGCUGCGCGCUACGUCGAACUGCGCAAAGUCGGCGAAGACCCACGUAAUGCCGAGCGUCGAAUUACGGCUACGACACGUCAGCUCGAGUCGAUGAUCCGGCUGUCCGAAGCACAUGCACGCAUGCGCUUUGCUGACGAGGUCAUCGUCGACGACGUAGAGGAAGCCGCUCGUCUGAUCCGCGAAGCAGCCAAAUCAUCGGCCACCGACCCGCGCACGGGUCUGAUCGACCUGGAUCUCAUCAACACAGGUCGAUCCUACCAUCAGCGCAAACUCGCCGGCGACUUGCGACGCGAGUUCCUGCAGCUGCUCGACGAGAUGGGCAGCGUCUCGGGCAGAGCUACCUCUCCAUCGGGUCCCUCGUCUACCCAACCAACUAAAGCGGUUCGAUACGUCGACCUUGCAAAGGCCCUCAAUGACCAAUCGUCGGUGCCCGUGGAUCAGAACGAUUUGCACGAACUCGUCCGCACACUCGAGAGCGAGGGUGUCAUUAAGACGGCUGGAGACCGCGAACGCAGGACUGUUCGUCGUAUCAGCGCUUGA